AUGUCCGAAGAGUCUAAUAAUGCAGUCGAGGUUGCCGCUUCACAAGUUACUGGGCUCAGUCUAGAGAAGAAGCCGAAGCAAAGAAAGGCACAAACUGAAGAAGAAUUCCUCGAGCAAAAGGCUGAGUACGAAGCCACAGGUCCUCAGAUUCAUACCCAGGAAUGGCUCUAUGAUGUUCUGCUUCUCAACUCUUUAGAUAACUCCAAGAAACUAGACCGGGUCCAUAUCUUACAUGCCUGCGAAAGAGCAUAUUACUUGAAAGACUACCAGAAAUGUCUUCUGUUAAUCGAUCGAGGAGAGAAGCUUUUCGGGGUUCAAUUGGAUGAUGAUGAGUCGAACUUGGACUUGAAGGCAGAUUUUGCAAGCUCAGGUAAGAAAACAAAGAAAUCCUCCAAGGUGGAAAGGCAUGUCAUAGAGCUUCUUCACAUCAAAGAAGCUUGUGUCAGAAAAAUGGCUUCUGCAACCAUUUAG